CCCAGUCGGCCGUUGGGUCGGUAAGUCAAACCGAAUGAAUGAAUGGUGCAUGGCAUGGCGGCCGCCAUCCACCCGUGCCGCCUAGCAGCAAAGCCACACAUGUGCUGUUUUAUACACACAUACACACAUAUACACGCACACACACACAGCCCGCGAAUCUCCCUCUCUUUCCGCUUCAGCGACCACGGGAAAUGCACACACAGACAGACAGAUAGGUCACAUCUCAUGCAGAGAGGGCAACAGCACAUACUAGAGCCCGGCGACGAACUUGACGCAGGCCAGGAUGGCACUCACGCCCACCGCCACCCCUACGACAACGAUCACAAAGCUCUUGCGACCCGUCCUGCACUCGAGCAGACACACACAGACAAUGGUUCGUUCGUUCGUUCGUUGUGUGUAUGUAUGGCUACACUGCUGACUUUUUCUGGAUGUAGUGCACCAGCUUGACACCGACAAAAGAGGCGCAGGUGGUGAUGGCGCCGUAAAAGACCGCAAAGUCCCGAGGUACACUGAGUCAUGCAAAAACACCCAUGCGUGUGUGCGGCCAGCGAGCGACAUCUGUGUGUGUCAUGUGACCUCUCUGAGUGUCAGGCCGGCCAGCCGGCCACACACAUACUCACUCACUCACUCACUCACCGAUUUGACAGCAGGUACUGAGACGUGGUUGAUGUAGCCGUAAAGACCACGCAGAAGCUGGCUGUCGAGACGGUCACCUUGAUGCAGGCAGCCAACACAGACAGCACAUAAGUUGAUUGACAGGUGAGCGACUCAUUGAGAAGUGUUGUUUGUGUUGUCAAUUGCCACGUACCAUCGGGUCGACCCCCAUGAAGACAAAGAACGGUGAGAAGAUGAGUCCGCCCCCAAUGCCCAAGAGACCAGAGCAGAUGCCCGUCAAGAAGGCCACACACGGGAACGGCGCAACCUGCCUGAGACGCCACCCUGAGUGAGGACCAUACGCACACAAACACAAACACAAACACAGACACACACACACACACACAUCACAUGCACACACAUUGAGAGAUUCAGACAUGGCUCUGUACUGUGCGCACCUGUCAGCUUGGUGACUUGCAAGACGUAGAAGCAGGCGGCCACAACGCAUCCCACAGUCGGCAGGGUGACUACAAUGACAGUCAACACAGUGCUGUCCCUGCGGCCACACAAGACGCAACACAACACACCACACCACACCACACGACGCAGUCAGGCAACAGGCCGGCUGCCACGGCUGGUGCAUAUCGUUCUCACUCAGUGUCUGACAGGUGGUGUCUGAGCGCCCCACAAGUAAUAAUGCCCGCCAGAAUAAGCAGCAGCCCCGCCACAUCCACAGGGUGGUCUCGCCAAUCGCUCCCGUGGUCGAGAGUUACCUGUCUGUCAGCGAUGAGCGUCGCCGACCCCUCUGCCACGGUCUCAGCACUCUCAAUGGACAGCCGGAUAGCCCCAGCAACGCCGUCCAUGUCGGCCACACUCGAGCCUCUUCGCGGCGAAUCGGCCGCCAGUGUGGCUGCGCCACCGCCCUCAGUGGCGGGAAACUCCCAGUCGUCAACCGACACCCUCGGCAGCAGCAGGGGAACAGAGCUGGUGCGCAUCAUCUUGUCACUGUAGUGCAGCCGGGGGAGAGGUUGGAAGGGGGAUGGUCGGUGGUCUGCCUUGCUGGGGGUGCCGGCGUCUUGUUCCAGGGGCAUCGGGGGGAGGGGCAGGGUGGUGGCACCUGGGUUGGUAGCCGUGUCGGGUGGGUCGGAGACAAGACGGCGCUGCGCUGCACUGGCACUGGGGCUGCCCUGCUCACUGUAGUCCUGCAGACAGACAGACAACAUGGUAGCCGAAGGCGAUGACUGCUCGCAUGGACGGCUGCUGCUGCGGCUGGCUUACAUGUGACAGCGACCUUCUCAUUCUGGGCCCUCCUGGCAGCCAGGUGCCCAGCGGCUGACCGAUGACAUUUGCUGAUGGGGCCGCCGUGCUGCCGUCAAGCGAUACUGGAGUCGAUUCACUGCCAUCUGCACUCACCGCAACCACGUGUGCCACACACAUACACACAGACACAGCACGGCCCUCCCAGUUACCGUCGAUGCGAUACGUCAUCCACACACGACAUUAAUUCGCCACACACAUCCAUCCAUCCAUCCAUCCCACCUUCGUCAAUGCUGUCCCUUCCUGUGGUCUCCAUGACAGUGCCGAGAGACCUCACAGGCUUCUCGGGCGAUGGUGGAUGCGACGGGCCCCCGCUGGCUGUCGUGACUGGCGAGCCGUCCACAUGCUGCUGUGUCUUGCCUAUCGCUGGCUGGAUAACGUGUGGAAGGGGCACAAUGCUGUCGCGGCGGUCCUCCUCGUCGCUCAGCGGCACCAGCUCUCUCACUGUGCCUCGCUGCUUGAAGGCCUCCUGCUCUUCGCGCCACUUGGAGAUACCCGUGUGGAUGGUUCUCAAGGUGACGAGAGAGAGCAACGUGACGAGGCAGGACACCAGCACCCACUCGGGCAGGAUGAAGUUGAGAUACACACCGAACAGCGUGCCUUGAUCAGGACAGACAAGCAGCAGCCACCAAGGCAAGGCAAGGCAGCAGUGUGCGAGCCGAGCACCCACCUCGGUACGUGUGACGCUAUGCCUACGCAUUGCUUACCGGACAGCGCCAUGGGCACCAUGAGUUUGCCGAGGUCGAAAUGAAUGAGGGGCGCCUGCGUCUCAGGGUGCUUCUUGCGGGACAGCAGGAUGAACGACAGCACCGACCCCGCAAAUAUCAUCGCCUUCGACAGCGGAACGGCAUUGUAAGCUGAGAACCCCUCAAUGACCAUCAGCAACGCCACGAAGAUGCCUCCCCCUAACCACCACCCCACCCAUACACACAACAACACCAGACAUUGCGGGAAAGACUGACUGUCUGCCCAUCCUACCAGCUCCCCGUCUCUCACCUCCAAUCCCGGCGGCGCUCGCAAGGAUCCCGCCGACGAAGAUGCAUAGGCCGCUGAGGUACCUGCUCGUUCAGGCCAGGCAACAAGCCAGUGAAUGAUACAGACGCGAUUGAUGCAUCUGACAGUGUUUGUCUUACAGAUUAGGGUUGGAGAGCUCAAAGUGCGGCUGAACAGCCAUCGCCACAAGCACGGGAUGGCUCGGCAAAGACACUCUUCGUCUUUUACUCCCUGCUCGCUCUCUUGAGUCCUUCUCGGACACACUGCUGCACGCCACAGCCGGACACGCACACACACCUGAGUGUAGUCGACCUUCUUCGGAUAUUCUUCAGAGGAGCGUUCUGUCAGAAGUGCAAGUCGG